CACUACUUCCAGCUCAGAUUGUGUGUUUGCUUGUGUCUUGUCCUCCAGCUUGUUAACAGAACAAUUGCAGAAUAAACAGAUCUCUGCUUCACCAUGGCUCAUCCUCGAACAAUCAGAGUAGAUGUUGGCAUACCUGCAAAAGUCGUGUAUGUGGUCGGCACCGAACUUAACGUGAACGUAUACAGGAGUGCACCUCCCAGCUCCAAGUACUACUCUGUGAGAUGUUCUCCUGGUGUUCAGCACAUCACCUUCCCUGCCCUUGAGAAGGGUGAUGAUGGUCUCAUCCCUAUAGUGGAAGACUCAUAUGUGGUUUUGACCAUGGACAAAGCCAGUGAAUUUGAAAAUGACAGCAAGGCGUCCAUCCAGUACUAUGAGGACAAGGAAAAGGAGUUGGGGCUAGCACUGCUGCAUCUGACUGCUAUUGAGGUCUCUCUGGAUGUGGAUGCUGAUCGAGAUGGGAAAGUGGAGAAGAACAACCCCAACAAGGGCUCCUGGAAAUGGGGUCUCAAUGGGCACGGUGCAGUCCUUCUGGUUAACUGUGACUACGACAACUCCCACAAAAGCAAACCCGACAGCGAGCAAGACUUUAUCUCCACUGUCGCCGAUCUGAAGGACAUGUCUGAGAUGGUGCUGCGGACGAAGGGCCCUGACAACCUUCCAGCGGGUUAUAAGCUCAACAUGCAUAUCAGUCAAAGCGAUGGAGAGAACAUCAGAGUCUACGCAAACCAUUCCUCUAAACUGCAACAACUCACUCCAGCGCAGAAACUCUACUUCAAAUACUUUGUGAAGGAAUACCCGCUGGUGCUGAGCAGUGACAUUCUGUCCCAUGAGGUGCCGUACCCUGGAGGAGAUUCAGAGAUUAAAUUCUUCGUGGAGGGGAUCAAGUUUUCCGACAAAGACUUCGAUGGACUCAUCAGCAUCAAUUUCAGUCUUCUGGAGCCCAUCUGUGUGGGUUUCCCGGACACACCCAUUUUCACGGACAAAGUUGCUUUUAAAGUGGCACCCUGGAUCAUGACCCACACCCUUAACCCCGAAGAAGUGUUUGUCUGCAGUGUAAGUGAUAACCCAGGCUUUGUGGAAGCACUGACUGCCCUCGCGGAGCGCAGUAAGUGCAAGCUGAAGGUCUGUCCAGAGAUCAUCAACAGAGGAGAUCGCUGGAUACAGGAUGAGAUGGAGCUCGGAUACAUUGAUUCACCUCAUCAACAAUUUCCUGUUGUACUGGAUUCGCCUCGAGACCGAGGACUUAAGGACUUCCCAUUUUUGCUACUGGGCCCUGACUUUGGCUAUGUGACAAGAGUUCCAAAAAAAGAGGGAGUAAACAGUCUGGACUCAUUUGGUAAUCUGGAGGUCAGUCCUCCUGUCACUGUGGGAGGAAAACACUACCCACUGGGCAGAAUCAUCAUUGGAGUGGCCUUUCCAACGGCCAGUAAAGGACGGCACAUGGCCCAAGUGGUUCAAGACUUCCUGUGGGCACAGAAAGUUCAGGCUCCAAUUGCCUUAUUUUCCGACUGGCUCACUGUUGGCCAUGUGGACGAGUUCAUGACCUUCGUUCCUGCGCCUGACAGAAAGGGAUUCCGGCUGCUGCUGGCAAGCCCGGAUGAAGGGUACAAACUAUUUAGAAAACUACAAAAAGAAGGUCACGGAAAAGCCAAACUGUUUGAGGGUCUGGGAAAAGAUGAAGACGGAAAUCCACGAGAGAUUUCAGUGGAUGAGUUAUUGGGUGAUGUAAAUCUCCAAGCUGAAAAUAUGUAUGCACAGAGCUGCAUCGACUGGAACAGGGAUGUUCUGAAGUGUGAGCUGGGCCUGGAUGAAUAUGACAUCAUCGACUUGCCAAUUCUCUUCAAACUGUAUGAGAAGAGCAGCAAAGCAGUGGCCUACUACCCAGACAUGGUGAGUUUACGAUACGAUAGACUUUACUGUCCUCAAGGGGAAAUUUAUCUUGGACUUCAAGUGCUCUGCAGACAUUUAUGUCUCAAUAGAUUCACAAUGCCUACGGAAAAUUCAACAUCAUAG